UGUCAUGUUGGGCUCCGGGUUCAAGGCCGAGCGCUUGCGAGUCAACCUGCGCCUUGUCAUCAAUCGCCUCAAGCUGCUUGAGAAGAAGAAGACUGAGCUGGCCCAGAAGGCAAGGAAGGAGAUUGCAGAUUACCUGGCAGCUGGAAAAGAUGAGCGUGCCAGGAUUCGUGUGGAGCACAUCAUCCGUGAAGAUUACCUGGUGGAGGCCAUGGAGAUCCUGGAGCUGUACUGUGACCUGUUGCUAGCCCGCUUUGGCUUGAUCCAGUCCAUGAAGGAGCUGGACUCUGGCCUGGCAGAAGCGGUGUCAACGCUGAUUUGGGCUGCACCACGCCUCCAGUCAGAAGUGGCCGAGUUGAAGAUUGUGGCUGACCAGCUGUGCGCCAAGUACAGCAAGGAGUACGGGAAGCUGUGCCGGACAAACCAGAUUGGGACAGUCAAUGACAGGCUGAUGCACAAGCUGAGUGUGGAGGCACCGCCCAAGAUCCUGGUGGAGAGGUACCUCAUCGAGAUUGCUAAGAACUACAAUGUGCCCUAUGAGCCUGACUCAGUGGUGAUGGCUGAAGCCCCGCCAGGCGGAGAGGUGAAUCUGAUUGAUGUGGGGUUCACGGAUGAGGUGAAGAAAGGUGGUCAUGGAGGGGGCGGAGGUGGUGGAUUUACAGCACCGAUGAUCAGUCACGAUGGGUUAGUACCCAUGCCCGUGAUGAUGCCUAUGCCCAUGCCAACACCAAAUCCACCCUUCUCCUAUCCACCUCCGAAGGGACCGGAGAACUUCGGUGGCCUGCCAGUGGGGACCUACCAGCCUUUCCCCAACAUCCACCCACCACCAAUUCCAGCAAACCCUCCGACAUACGAGUCUAUCGAUGAGCCCAGUGCUGACAAGGACACAGCUGUGCCGGUGCCUGGGCCCGAAUCCAAGCCAGAACCUUCUCCUAAACCAAGAGCUGGAGCUCCUAACACCUUGGAUAACUUUGUGCUGCCUGAGUUACCGUCGGUGCCAGAUACGCUGCCAACAGCAUCUGCUGGCGCCAACUCUUCUGCCUCCGAAGACAUUGACUUCGAUGAUCUGUCUCGGAGAUUUGAGGAGCUAAAGAAGAAAACAUAAAAAUUCCUGGGCUGCAGGAAGGAGAGGCAGGAGAUGUGACAUCUUUAUCUGAGACUCCCCUUGAAAUUGGUUUCCUGUAUUAACCUCAAAUGAACACUCUUCUU